UGGGGCUUCACUGUGGCCGGUAAGUGGCAGGGGACAUCCUUGCAAUCUCUCCUCUCCUCCUAACGCCAGGUUAAAAACCUCAGGAGCAGCACUUGCUGUUUGCGAAACUGCCUGCCACCGACGCCCCGGAGUUAGACGCCUCACUCGCACGGGGAGCCAGCAUGUCGGCUGUGGUCCUGGAAAACCGAGGUUUUGGCAGGAAACUCUCUGACGGACAGGAAACAAGCUAUAUUGAAGACAAUUCCAAUCAAGAUGGUGCCAUAUCACUGAUCUUCUCACUCAAGGAAGAAGUUGGUGCCCUGGCCAAGGUCUUGCGCUUGUUUGAGGAGAAUGAUAUAAACCUGACCCACAUUGAAUCCAGACCUUCGCGCUUGAAGAAAGAUGAGUAUGAAUUUUUUACCUAUCUGGAUCAACGUAGCAUGCCUGUCCUGGCAAACAUCAUCAAGAUCUUGAGGCAUGACAUCGGUGCCACCGUCCAUGAACUUUCCCGGGAUAAGAAGAAAGACACAGUGCCCUGGUUCCCAAGAACCAUUCAAGAGCUCGACAGAUUUGCCAACCAGAUCCUCAGCUAUGGAGCAGAACUGGAUGCAGACCACCCUGGUUUUAAGGAUCCUGUGUAUCGAGCAAGACGGAAGCAGUUUGCUGACAUUGCCUACAGCUACCGACAGUAAGUCCACUUUGCUGGUCUUGGGGAAGAGAGAAGCACACGCUCCUGGCUUACCUUUUCCUUGCCCAAGUUUGGAAAAUACCAGCAUAGAGUCCCGCCUUCGGCGUGUGUGUGUGUGUGUGUGUGUGUGUGUGUGUGUGCGCGUGCGCGCGCGCGCGCAUGUGUGUUUAAACCCUCCCUUUAAUAACACAUGUUUCAAAAAAAAAUUGCUGCUAGACAAAACAAAAUUACCCACCGUGCCGGCCGGCCUUCUCCCCAGCUUUGUUGUGUCCUUAUGCGCUAACGUCUGAAGUAAUUACAAAAGGCCUCGGCCCUGAAUAACACAGCCUCUGGUAUUCUCCACAUUAAACAGGGAAGAAGGAAAAAGAGAAUAAUUUACAUUCAAGGAGGAGUUGGCUGCUUUACUGAAAUAAUGAAUCAUUUGAGGUUUUAGAUGAGCCGUGCCUCAGCGUUCUUCUUUGAUCUGAUCUGACCCAGCUGCGAAGGGCAAUUUUCAGAGGAGUUUAUUGUUUUCUGCUGGGAUUCUACCCUAUUUUAGCCAAAGGAAAAUGCAAAUAUCAAAGAUGUCAGUUUGGGAAGGGAGCUGUUUUUGCUGUUUUGAGCCCUCAGGAACUACAGAAAUGCUACCAUGGGGAAACUUAGCGUUUGAGGCCUGAGCUCCAUUCCUGAGUUAAGACGUGAGAAAAGACAUGCUCAAGAUGAGACAUAAAUGUUGACCAGGAUCCGGGACACCUGGGUGGCUCAGUCGGUUAAGCAUCUGACUAUUGAUUUCAGCUUAGGCCAUGACUUCAUGGUUCGUGGGUUUGAGCCCCAUGUCAGGCUCUGCACUGGAGCCUGCUUGGGAUCCUCUCUCUCUCUCUCUCUCUCUCUCUCUCUCCCUCUCUCUCUCU